ACCUACUUUUCAGUGACACAUAAACCACGCCCACUGAGAACACUUACCUGCUGCUGGAAUCGUGCAGGUGAAAACAGAGCAGCUCGGAUCUGACGGAGAUGAGUCUUCCUGAUAUCAAAUCAUCACGGAAAUUGGCAGUGGAGCCUUUCCAGCAGUGCCCUGUCGUGCAGCUGAAUGUCGGCGGUCAGGUGUACACCACCACUCUGGUGACCCUGUGCAAAUUCCCCAACUCAAAGCUGGCUGAAAUGUUCAGUGUGCCUCUCAAACUUGUAAAGGAUGCCGAGGGUCGCUGUUUUAUAGACCGUGAUGGGACACACUUUAAGGCGAUUCUUGAGUACCUCCGUUCAGAGGAGGUUCCUACUAAGAAUUUGCUGGAGGUUCACAAGGAGGCAGUGUAUUAUGAUAUAAAACCUCUGGUGAAACUCCUGGAGGAGUUGCCACCAUUUUUUGGUGAAAAGGUAGGAAGGCAGCAGUUUUUGUCCCGUGUGUGUAACUACCAAGAGAAUCUGGAAGUCCUCAUCAAGGUGGGAAGAGCAGAAGCAAUGGCCUCUCGAUACUCCACAAUAAUCAUGUGUAUCCUAAAGACAGAUGAUGACCUGGUGAGGUACAAUGACGCUAUGGUCAGUCUUAAUACAAGAAAGGAAUCUAUUGUGAGUUUUGGCCCAUGGAAUGCUCAAGCUACCGUGGAGGAUCUUCUGGAUUGCAUAAAAAUGGACAUAGAGGCAAAAGGAUAUAAAGUGAGCAUUAAACCGCAUAGCACAGAGAAAAUCUUUCUGUUUAAGAGCCAUGAUUUCUUCUAUAAGCUGACUUUUACUUGGUGGUGACUAGUAAUUGUGGUUCUACCCACUUCAGUGCAUUUAAAUAGUGGUACACAGAGGUCAUGAAUCUUUAUAAAAUCCACCUACAAACACUUCAGAUAAGAACAGUGUUUUAUGUAUUAGUCUACAAGACCCACCUAUAUUGCAGACAUGUGUCAUCGGGCUCAUUCAGGAUAUUUGUUGGCAACUGUAGCCACCCUUGUUUAAUAUUUACUCAUUACAUCAUGUGACCUUAAUGUACUCACAAAAAUAUUCUUUUGCAGAGUUUCCUAGGGUGUGCUGUUCGAGAAAAUGUCUCACAGCCAGCAUGCCCAAAAUAAUUUGAUUAUUUUCCUACAACUGUAUGUUGUGAAUUACUUUUUUCCCAGUUAUACCACAGUGAUUUGUCAAAGAUUGCAAAUUGUAAUCACUUCAUGUUUUAACUAUUUAUAGUUACAGUUAAAGUUGUGAAACAUCAGUGAGACAAGUGAGUUCAUGCUGUCACUUACUCCUUCCAAAAAAUGUUAAAUUUCUCCUGACAGAAAACUUCACCUUUUCAGUAUGUUCAUUGUUAAAUAACAAUUUUAUUAUUAUUAUUAUUAUUAUUAUUAUUAUUAUUAUUAUUAUUAUUAUUAUAAUACCUAGAUUAUAUGGAGCAUCUGCCAUACAAGUCCCUGAGACUGAGAGAAUGGGUAAUUUAUUAGAAACAGUCCAUUAAUAUGAAGAUGUCGUUUAAUAUACAGGGGGCUGCAAAAAUAAGUAUACAGUAAUGGAAAAACAAAAUGUCCACACAAAAUGUUAGUAUUAAAUGAAACCUAACACCACUAUUAGAAUACUGGUAAUACUGGAAUAAUCCUUCCUGUAUACCUACUUUUGCAGCCCUCUGUAUAAUACUGAAACUAGUGUCAGAGCUGCUGUUAUAGAAAAUUAAUCCACACUGUUUUGAGAAUUCAUCUAUAUCCUCACUGUAAUACAGUGGGGUUUUUUUGUAUUUUUUGUUUUUUUAAA